AUGCAUCCAAACAGAAACUUACUUCCUGGUGAUCCAGUUCAAGGACCUAGCAAACCAGGCGCUACCAAUUUCGGCGAUAAGUCUAUUUCAAAGAAGAGAAAAAAGAAACACAGCUCAAACGAUCGCAACGCCCUAAAAAACGCAGAACACCACGCCGCAACUGGCUCCGACGCAGGAGAAAAGCUUGCGCUGCAAAUUGCAAACAUUAUCUGGAAACACAAUAAUCAAGCACCCUUCGACGAAAUCGUCAAAGAGUAUGUAGAAGGAAACCCGCAACUUGCCUGGGACAUCAAAGAAGCAAGACGAAAGAUACACAACUGUAUCACGUGUUCGAGAAAACCAUUCAGGUUCCGCAAAUUACCAGAUGGUAUGACUUACUCAGCUACCAGGGUUUGA